AUGGGCAGCGGCCCGGCCUCCCCUCAGCAUCCAGCCUGGCUGUGGGCAGCCGUUUUCCCCACACUCUGCAGCCUGGGGAGGAGUGACAGCAGCACUGCCCUCCCUCAGCACAGUGACCUGAGCAGCCAGGAGGAGGUGGCUCUAGGGGCCCUAGAGGGGAGCGACAGCAGCACCGCCCCUCAUCCUGAGCGCCGGUUCCGGCUAUGGGCGGCCGCCUUGCCUGCCCUCUGGGGCGAGGAGGAAUACAGCUGCGAGUAUGGCUCUGCGAAGUAUCUGGCCAUGUGCGGCUUGGGUGGCGUGGUGAGCUGCGGCCUGACCCACACGGCUGUGGUGCCGCUGGACCUGGUGAAGUGCCGUAUGCAGGCAGAGCCCAGUCGCUACCGGGGCAUGCUGCAGGGCUUUACUCUCACCGUGGAAGAGGAGGGGAUGCGUGGCCUGGCCAAAGGAUGGGCCCCCACCUGCGUGGGCUACUCCCUACAGGGCCUCUGCAAGUUUGGCUUAUAUGAAGUCUUCAAGCUGCGCUAUGCUGACAUGUUGGGACCUGAGCGAGCCUACCUGUGGCGGACCAGCCUCUAUCUGGCCGCCUCAGCCAGUGCCGAGUUCUUUGCUGACAUUGCUCUGUCCCCCAUGGAGGCAGUCAAAGUGCGAAUCCAGACGCAGCCAGGCUAUGCCAACACAUUACGGGUGGCUGUCCCCAAGAUGUACCUUGAGGAGGGGCUGUGGGCCUUCUACAAGGGGGUGGCUCCACUCUGGAUGCGCCAGAUCCCCUACACCAUGAUGAAGUUUGCCUGUUUUGAGCGUACCUUGGAGGCCCUGUAUGCCUAUGUGGUGCCCAAGCCGCGCAGUGAAUGCUCCAAGCCUGAGCAGCUUGGCGUCACCUUUGUUGCUGGCUAUAUAGCCGGUAUCUUCUGUGCUGUAGUCUCCCACCCAGCUGACUCUGUGGUGUCUGUGCUCAACAAGGAAAAGGGCAGCACCUCUAUGGAAGUCCUCAAGAAGCUGGGCUUCAUAGGCGUGUGGAAGGGUCUCUUUCCCCGCAUCCUCAUGAUUGGCACCCUCACAGCCCUGCAGUGGUUCAUUUAUGACUCAGUCAAGGUCUAUUUCAGGCUCCCUCGGCCCCCACCACCAGAGAUGCCUGCAUCGCUGAAAGAGGGUUUUUUCUUUAAGUAGAUUCAGCCCAUAGAUCCUGCAUUGUGAGCUACAUUCCUGCUGCAUUGUACUGUUUCAUUUUCGACUCUGUGGAUCUGUUUCAGGGUCCUGGACCAACUCCCAUCUCAAAAAGCUACCUCUCCAGAGAGAGACCAAUGGGAGUGGUUAGCCUUUUCCCACAGACCUUGCAGUUACACUGUCAUUUCACUACAUAGUUCAUUCUGUCAAAUUUAGGUUCCAACCAUCAUCUUAGAUGCCCCCAUCUCUGGACUUUGUGUCUUGACAUGAAAUUACAUUUGACAGCUCUGUUAAAGGUCUAUUUCUGCAAAGGCUUAAAUCUAUCAGUAUGUGGCUCUUAAUGCCUGUGUUUAUUUUGUUUGCCAUGGAUAGUAACUCUGAAAACUUUGAAACGCAACAGCCAUAUUCCCCUAUUAUAGAGAAAAUUGACAUGUAUUUU